AUGGGCCGUAAGAAGAUUCAGAUCACACGUAUACAAGAUGAACGAAAUCGACAGGUCACCUUCACUAAACGAAAAUUCGGGUUAAUGAAGAAAGCGUACGAGUUAUCAGUGCUAUGCGAUUGUGAAAUCGCGUUAAUAGUCUUCAAUUCGACAAAUAAACUAUUUCAAUAUGCGUCCACUGAUAUGGACAAAGUGUUGCUCAAGUACACCGAAUACAAUGAACCGCAUGAAAGUCGCACAAAUUCCGAUAUUAUGGAGGCACUCCAACGGAAGGAGUCAAAACAUGGCGGCGCCGGCGAUUCAGAUGACGAUAGUCCUGGACCGUCCACACCAUUAAACGGUCAUGCGGCACCGAAUAACGUCGAACAACCGCCAACGGUAGCACCACAACCGCCAGCUGCUGCUAUUCAUCCGCUCUACACUAAUCUCUUCCUUCAUCCACAAUAUCGUCCACGUCCUGAACCCACUAAGCAUAUCGAUUUCCCCACGACCAGCUCCUUUCCGUACGAUUCCACUGCCACCGCGCCAUUACAGCCGCCACAUCCGUUAGCGGCAGCGGACGCGGACUGUGAACUGGUGGCGCCACGUUCCACCGCUGAUCAAACGUUGUGGGCGGCAGCGUUACAACAUAAACCGCCACCACAACAACAACAGCAACAACCGUAUGUGAAAUUAGAACCGCAUAGUCCACCGGAGAAACGAGCACGUAUAGCGCCGACAGCCGAUUGGCGGCCUCAACAGCUCACCUAA